AUGUGGUGUCUCAAUACUCCAUCGGGAUAUCUUGUCAACUUCGAACUAUAUCAGGGUAACAAUCCGCGACGCUUAGCUGAAUAUGAAAAAUCGUUUGGAAAGGCUUCAGCACCAAUGGUACAAAUUAUAAAAUUGUUGACACACCUAAAAGAAAAUGGGUACCAAGGUACCGGAACUAUCCGCGAAAACAGAAUCCCCCGUGACUGUCCACUUCCCAGCAAAAAAAUUAUGGAAAAGAAGGCGAGGGGUACGUUUGCAUCCAUCAUAGAUAGAACUCACGGAAUUUUAUUUGUACGUUGGGUGGACAACGGGGUGGUAACUGUGCCAUCUACAUUGAAUGGAGUGGAACCCACAAGUGGCGUAAGACGAUAUUCUCAGGCAGAAAAAAAAACUAUUAUCGUCCCUCGUCCAAACGCAAUUGGAACAUACAACGCUUUCAUGGGAGGGGUUGAUCUUAUGGAUGAAAAUUUUGGACGCUAUAGAGUGGGCAUGAGAGGAAAAAAGUGGUGGUGGUGUAUUUUCACGUGGUUACUUGACGUAUGCAUCCAAAAUGCCUGGCAAAUACAUAAAAAAUGCGGAGGCACCAUGACACAGUUGGAAUUCCGUCGGGAAAUAGUUACCAUCUACUUGCAACGGUAUGGAAGUCCUCCAAAAAGUCCCGGAAAACCCAAACACAAGACAAUAAAAGAAGACGAUGUGCUGGCCAAAACUGCAAAACUGUUGGGCGAACCAAGUGCACCAAGUGUAAAGUCGGCUUAUGUGUAA